CCCACGCGCGCUCAAAGCUGCCUGGACCCGCCUGGUCCGAGUCACUCGCUUUCCCUCUGGUCUCGGUUGCGUGCGCGGCGCCUCUCUGCUCUGCGCGCGGAGAUCGAAGGACGAUGGCUUCUCUGCAUUUAUGGUCACAUGAGCAUCAGCCCCGCAGGCCGCGUGCCGCUGAUGGAGGAGCUUGUCACUGACAGCAACAGCAUGCCAAAGCGGAUGGCCCUCAUCUGCUUCCUGUCUCUGGUCAUGGCGAUGAGCAUCCUGGGAAACCUGCUGGUCAUGGUGGCUGUCUGCAAGGACAGACAACUCAGGAAAAUCAAGACCAACUACUUCAUCGUGUCGCUGGCCUUCGCCGACCUGCUGGUGUCGCUGCUGGUGAUGCCGUUCGGCGCCAUCGACCUGGUGCACCAGCAGUGGAUCUACGGCGAGACCUUCUGCCUGGUGCGCACCUCGCUGGAUGUGCUGCUCACCACCGCCUCCAUCAUGCACCUGUGCUGCAUCGCCCUCGACAGGUACUACGCCAUCUGCUGCCAGCCUCUGGUGUACCGCAACAAGAUGACGCCCACGCGCGUGGCGCUGAUGAUCGGCGGCUGCUGGGUGAUCCCCGCCUUCAUCUCCUUCCUGCCCAUCAUGCAAGGAUGGAACGCCAUCGGCAUCGACCACGUGAUCGACGAGCGUCGCUACACGGAAGGCAGCAACUCGACGUCGUGCGUCUUCAUGGUGAACAAGCCGUACGCGGUGACGUGCUCGGUGGUGGCCUUCUACAUCCCGCUGGUGCUGAUGGUGCUGGCCUACCAGCGGAUCUACGUGACGGCGCGCGCGCACGCCCUCCAGAUCGGCAUGCUGCAGCGGGCGGGCGGCGCGGCGGCCUCGGACUCUGCCGACCAGCAGCGCAACCACCGCAUGCGCACCGAGACCAAAGCGGCCAAGACGCUGUGCGUCAUCAUGGGCUGCUUCUGCCUGUGCUGGGCGCCCUUCUUCGUCACCAACGUGGUGGACCCCUUCAUCGGCUACACGGUGCCCGACAAGCUGUGGGCGGCGUGCCUGUGGCUGGGCUACAUCAAUUCCAUGCUCAACCCCAUCCUCUACGCCUUCCUCAACAAGUCCUUCCGCCGUGCCUUCCUCAUCAUCCUGUGCUGCGGACGCAAUCGCUACCGCCGGCCGUCCGUUCUGGACCCGCGCGCGCCGUGCGCCGCCACGCGCAUCAACGGCUCCGCCCACGUGCUCAAGUAUUCGGCGCUUCACAACGGGAACCACGCGGCGCCGGAGAAGAAAACGCUACACCAACACGCAGAGUCCUGCUUGUGACGCAGCGUCACACACCUCCGCCAAGCACAUACGCGGGAAGGGAGCGCAGCGCCGACCCCGCCCGGCGGAGACGGACGGUGUCUACUGGCCGCCGGGUGGACCGAGGCCUAACCGGCUCGGCCGGUUCCGGUUCUGGCCCCGACGUGACUGCGGUCCCGAACCGAGUAGCCCCACUUGUGGAACUUCCAGGGAGUGACGUUUCUAAAGCUCGGUUCAUUUUAAUAUGGUAUUUAAUUUAAUUGGACAUUUACAUCAACUCCUCAUGUUUGUGUGAGAGCGUGCAUGUGUAUCUAUGAAAGCAGUUGUGCCUGUGUAGUUAGUGUAUACAGUGUUUGUGUUUUUUGUGUGUGUGUCUGCGUUGUGAGCAAGUUUGUUUACAUGUGUGUGUGUGUUUCUUACAACAGUGCGUGUGCAUGUGUAUGUGUGUAGUAUGUUUCCACAUGGGUGUGUGUUUCUUAAAACAGUGCGCGUGUGUAUGUACCAGGUGUGUCUGAAAAGUUCCAGGACUGGCGUCACAAAAGAUGUAUUUUAUAUUUGUCCGGGUUUUACCCAUAAAUGUGGGCCAGAGGAUUUGCUCACAACGUCUUGAGCAUCUGACAGUUCCUGCAAGGAAGUACAUCACCGCGCUGGAGCAAACACAAAAUCCUGGAACUUUUCGGACGCACCUCGAGAACGUGGGCAUUUCUUACAACAAUGCGUGCGUAUGUUUCCACGGCGAUGCAUGUUUUUUUUUUUUUUUUUUUUUUUUUUCUCUCCUGUCUGUCACACCUCAUCCACACCGCAUGUCACAUGAUCCAUCUGCCUCAGGAUGGGGAAUGUACAAGAACGUCCACAAACAUGUUUACAUCUGCUCACUGAAGUGACUGACGUCUGUUGGGUUUUUGUGGUUUUUCUUGCGGACCCUCAAGAAAGUUGGUGAGCGUGUCUAACAUGAGUAUACCCACACAAAAAAAACUCUGCCCGAAAGCACAUACGUAGGCAGCCAUUUUGGUUGGAAGCCUACAUUUUAGGUUCAUUUUCGUCAUUCACACUAUUUCAACAAUUCAGCCCCAGAAGCCAAUUUGACUUAGCAUCAUGAAAUUUGGUAGGCAUGUCUAUUAGGAGUAGACCCACAAAGGCACGCUUGGAUGAGUGCGGUGCGGAAGAACAAGCCCAACAAAAAUCUCCUCGGAAGUCCUCCCAGCACUCGCGGGAGUGAGUCCACAUUGUCUCACGUGUCUUACUACUUUUGCCCAUCUCGUGCAUUUCAACUCAGAUGGAUUGUUUUGUUAUUGCUAUGAAUCAUAUUUGGUUUUGUUUUUUUCGAGCUGUGAGCGCGACCAUGAGUGAAGCACGAGCACUUUGACGCACACACACAAAAUGAAAACAAUGAUCUCAAAUGAUUUCCAUUGAUUUCUUUGCUUUUUAGAUGGGUUUUGUUGUGAGUGAGUGAGC